AGGGAUGCUAACAGAACUAACCUGGCAACCCCCGCUGCCGGUUAGUUUAGUAGUUACUGAAGAAGAUGGUGGACUUCGCGACAACAGCGUGCUCACAACUCCGUCCUAAACACUUUGGAAAAACAUUUAUAUCUCCACCUGGAAUUAGAUAUAGAUUACCGGGGGACAAUCAUAGAUAAUACAUUUUGAAACCGUUGAAAGACGUGAUUUUUUUUGCCACUGAACAAUUCUUUAUUCCAAGACUGAAGAAAGCGGAGAGUUGUUGAACGUGCUGCUGGUGGUUGGUGCUCGUGAAGGACGCUAGCCACCGUUAGCCUAAGAGUCAACAAAAGUGUGGGAGAAGGUGUAAUUUUGGGAGCUUUUAAUCCAGUUGUCAAGAUAAACCACGGAGACCAUCCAGCCCUCUCUUGCUUCCACCUUCGCACCGACUGUCAGUUCAGUGAGGAGCAUAUUGGCAGUUGGACUGAAAGCAGGCUAACUUUAGCUAGCUAACCUCAGCUAGCUUUGUUGUGAACUGUGGAUCAGAGCGCUGCUCAAAAUGCCACGGAGUAAAAAGGGGAAACGUGGCUCCAGCAAGCCGGGCUCUCUUCGUCAGGAGGUUCUUCAGCUCCAGUUGUCGACUAAAGCCUCAUUGAAAGGUGUUAAAAAUGGGGUGAAGGGAGAGUCGGCUGCCAGCGAUGAUGAGCUGACGUCUGAUAUUCUCAGCCACUGCAGCAGUGCCAGUGAAAGCACCUCUGUGUUGGAAGAGGGCACAGGAGGGGAGCAGGUUGAUGAGCAGACUGCCCAGGUGGAAACUGAAGACAAACUCAAGCAGUGUAUAGACAACCUGAUGGAUAAGAGCUCUAAGACACGUCUAGCAGGUCUCGAGUCGCUGCGACAGGCCUUCUCAUCCAGAGUGCUGUACGACUUCCUGACAGAGAGACGCCUCACCAUCAGCGACUGCCUGGAAAGGAGCCUUAAAAAGGGCAGCGCGGACGAGCAGGCGGCGGCAGCCACAGUCUUCACGCUGCUCUGUAUCCAGCUGGGCGGUGGAGACGAGGCGGAGGAGGGCUUCAAGAUGCUUCGCCCCAUCCUCACCGCAAUUCUGAUUGACAACAGUGCCAGCAUAGCAGCCCGCCAGAGUUGUGCCAGAGCUUUGGGGAUGUGCUGUUAUGUUUCUACUGCUGAAGAAGGAGAGGACUUGGUCAAGUCGUUGGCCCUUCUGGAGAGUGUCUUCAUGUCGUCCUACCCCAACAGAGAGGGAACUCUGCCAACACCCAAACCAGGCAGUCCAGGCCUCCACAGCGCCGCCCUGCAGGCCUGGUCGCUGCUGGUCACCCUCUGCCCUGCAUCUCGACUGACUGUGCUGCUUAACCUUCACCUCCCCAAACUGCAGGCGUGUCUGCAGAGCAGUGACGUCAACUACAGGAUAGCAGUGGGAGAGACCAUCGCCCUGCUGGUGGAGCUGGGACGAGAUAUAGACGAGGAGUUUGAGGUGGAGGACUGUGAAAGUCUGUGUGAAUGUCUGAAGAGUUUAGCCACAGACAGCAACAAGCACCGAGCCAAGAACGACAGGCGGAAACAGCGCUCCAUCUUCAGAGAGGUGCUACAUUACAUAGAGAGCGAGGAUUUCACCGACGAGAAGAUCAGGUUUGGAGUGGAGAGCGUUUACAUCGACAGCUGGAUGAGGAGAAGAAUCUACGAUGCCUUCAAAGAGAUCCUGGAGUCCGGAGUGAGACACCAUCUACAGUUCAACCCACUAGUGAGAGACAUCUUUGGCCUCGGCCCUCCCCUCAUCCUGGACGCUACCACCAAAGGCAACAAGAUCUCUCGGUUUGAGAAGCAUCUCUUCAACUCAGCUGCCUUCAAGGCCAGGACUAAACAGAGGAACAAAGUCCGGGACAAACGGGCUGACAUCAUGUGAGAAAAGGACGGGGAUGGAGUGAAUGGAUGAGUAGUUGGCUUUAUGGAGAUGGAGACAAAAUGAUGCCUUCAACACUUCGGCUGUCAGACACACGAAGGCUCCACAAACUCUGAAAAGGGCUUUUUCACUUGUGCUCUUCACCUGCAAACUAAUACUCCAGAUUCAAGAUGGCCAACAUUCGUUCUUAGCUCCCACAGGGAAAGGCUAUUUUACUGUUCCUCUUCCACAAAAUGGAGUGAAAUGCAACUACAAUCGCUCAGUAUUUCCCAAAUACCAGUUCUGACUCUUCAAAGUAGAUGUCAACUGAAAAGCAAUGCAAAAAUUUUUCUUUUUUUCGUGGGAUUAAAUUACACGGGAGAGUAAAAUAAAUUUGAUCUUCAGAUAUCAAAACGUUCUUUUAUUAAUUUUAUGAAUAGAAAUACAGAGAAAGUAAUAAGUCAAACAUUUUAAAGCUUUGUCGUACAGCUGGGACAACAUGGAAGCCGUCCAUGAUACGGAUACUGAAAGUCUUUGGUGCUGAUGGGUAUUGUUUCUGAUACUCAGCUUGAACUGCUGCCUGGUGGCUUGACGGGUCAGUCAAGUCUUUUUAAAUGCUAAUUAUUGACUUUAGUUUCCACAUAAAGCUGCUUUUCCAGGACGUGAUCAGUCUCGGUUAUUCUCUGAAGUUAAACGUUUGAGCAUCAACAUCUGUGGCUGCUUCAACUGCCAAACCAGAAACUGGCUUUACAAACAAUGCAACCUAAAUGAAAAUGUGUUUGUGUGAGUGUGUUUUAAUUGAAUUUUAUUUAACAUAAAAUAAAGCGCAUAGAAAUGCGUAAACAAGAAGAUGCCUAAUUAAAAAGUCAAAUCAAAGAGGUAAUAUUGUCAUCUUUUCUUAAUAUCUUUUGAGAGUAAAAAUACGUUUUAAACAUUUCUGGUGGCUAAAUGUGUUUUACCUUCUAAUUUAUUAAAAGAACAGUACUGUAUGUUUUUUAAGAAACUUAAAAAUGCUAAGAACUGUUUACAGACACAACGAUGGGAUGUAUAUUUUUAAUGCGGGUUGGUGGGUCAUACAAUCUAUCCAUGUGCAUGUGUUGCAGAUAUACUGUACAUAGGGAUUUAUGGUGAGAUACGUACUUGUAUCAUCAGAUGCAUUGGAAGGAUUGUCCCUCUGACGAGCAGUUAAACAUACCGUACAGGCCUCUCACCAGAGCUGCUGAUGAAGGUGUGAUGGUGUUGUCUUUAAUGAUGGUCAGGUGUUUUUAAUUGUGUUAAAUUAAAAAGCACAUUAAUCAGUUGCAUGGGGAUGAUAGUCCCUUGUGGAAAACUUCCCAAUCAGAUUUCAUAGUUUCUAUUGUUGAACCAGGUUUGACCCUCCUGGAUGAAGAACGGCUUCACCAAACUCCUCAGUGGUUCUGGUGUUACGGCACAUAGACAGAAGAUGGAUCAAAUGAAAUAAAGACUAUUUAAGCAUG